UCUGCUAGUCAAAUUUCGAUAACAUGCUUUAAGAUGCGGAGCUAGUAUUUGAAAUUUAUGAGUUCGGUAUUCUAGUUUUGUAUAUAUUUAGUGUAUUACUUGAUACAAACGCUUGAUUUGGACUAAAUUAGUGGUUUGGCCAGAUUUUGGAGGUGUAUAGCUACGUUCCGAUUCUGCAACAUGGAGAGUAUGAACAGCUAUUGGCAAUUCGGGGAUGAGAUUCGUGGACAAUCAAAAGUAUCGGAAGAUCAUACAUGGACUACGGCUGCUAUUAAAUUGACUGAGCAGAUAAGGUCCAAAGGUGAGCGGAGGAAUAAUCUUGACCUUUCGAAAGGCUCAGCUGAAAGUAGGUCCAGGGAUUAUCUUGGUUUGCAGGAAGAUAACAAGUGGGAAAACCUAAACUUCAACAUGUUAAAUUUUGAUACUAAGAUAACUGAGAAUACGACCAAGAGCUCCUUCAGGAAUGGCAUUUACAACAUUAAUUCUGUUUGUCCGAAACCCAAUGUCAACAGCUUGGGAAAUAUGUCAUUUAGCAAGUUCAUUAGCAACCACGCGAAUGAACCUUGCAACUACAGCAAUAACAACAACACUGAGAGCAUCAAUGGGAAUAAUGCUGUUGACAAAAGGUUUAAGACUUUGCCUGCUGCUGAGACACUGCCUAGGAAUGAGGUUCUUGGUGGGUAUAUAUUUGUUUGCAACAAUGAUACGAUGCAGGAAGACUUAAAGCGUCAGCUGUUUGGUCUACCUCCAAGGUACAAAGAUUCUGUGAGGGCAAUAACACCAGGGUUACCGUUGUUCCUCUACAAUUACACUACUCACCAGUUGCAUGGUAUCUUCGAGGCAGCAAGUUUUGGAGGUUCUAACAUUGAUCCAACUGCUUGGGAAGAUAAAAAGUGUAAAGGAGAGUCAAGGUUCCCUGCCCAGGUGAGGAUCCGUGUUAGGAAACUUGGUAAGCCUUUGGAGGAAGAUGCUUUUAGACCAGUUUUGCAUCACUAUGAUGGACCCAAAUUCCGUCUUGAGCUCUCUGUGCCCGAGACUUUGGACUUGCUAGAUCUCUGUGAAAAAGCCAGUGCGUAAGCAUCAGUGUGAAGACAUGGAUUGAUUGACGUAUAUUAUAAACUCAUGAAUGUUGUAGUUUGGUAGUGCUUUUCACUGCAUCAGAAACGUUGUUCUCCACAGAUUUCCAAAGCACAAGCUUUGGUGUAAAGUCUGGCUGAGAGAGGUUCUGAAUAGUAGGGUUGGCUAAUUUAGCCAAUGAAGUGUGAUUUUCUUUGGAGAUGCUUGAAUAUAAGCUUCCCAAAUUUAGUCUUGUGAUCUUACAAUAAACUAGAGAAGUAAUGAUCGGGGUGAAAGAUUAGAUGGCUUUUUUCAUAUCUGCAGUGCAAUUUGCAACUCUGCUUUAUCCAAUUUGUGCAAAUAUUAAACUCUCAUUUCUUCUCUU